AUGGUCGUGGCGCUGCUCGCGGCCUCGGUGGCGCGUGAGCAGAGGCUGGAGAAGCAGGUCCAGGGGCUCACCAAGCGGGUGGAGCAGUUCGUCGCUGGAGGUGCCAAGGCCUCUGCCCAACAAGGCGGGGGGGGAGGUGGACCUGCGGCUGCAGCAAGAGAUGAUAAGGAGACGGAGGAUCCCUUGCGCGCGGAGGCCGCUCAGUUGGAGUUGGCCAUCGCAGCGCGCAAGAGUGAGUCGGCAUCGGCGGCCAAGGCGAUCCUGGAGGAGAACCUCCGGGGAGUCAGGGCGCAGAUCGAAGCCCGCAAGCCUGACCUCACGCAGCACAAUAAUGCGGGGCGCAGGCUCAACAGAUGCAAGGCCCGUCUGGCCAAGGUGGAGUCGGAGGUCACCGACAUCACCAAGAGGUUGGAUGAGAUGCAAAAGGAGAAGAUGGAGUUGGUGCAGAGGCGUGACAAUAUUCAGAAGGAAUGUGCUGAGCUCCAACGGCAGUUGGUUACUACUUUGCCACUCGGUGAGUCGCCUGCUGAUGACACCUUCGGCCUCCCUCAGGAGCUGCUGGAUGGCAAUGCGGAGAUUAAGGCAAUGGUGGACUCCGAGCCGUUCAAGGAGUUUGCCAAGCUGUUCCGCCUUCAUGUCACAUCGGGAGCCCAACGUCCUGAGACGCCUGUGGCGCCACCUGAGGGAGCGGCUGGUGCGCGCGUGGACCAGCCAGUGCCACCAGACGAUGACGAGUUCGAUGACAUGUUCGUUGAUGAUCAGGCGGCGGAUGGCUUCUGGGAGAAGCACAAGGGAGACACGAGGGCUAUCCUGGAGGCGAUCAUGGGUGCCAGAGCGAAACGUCCCAAGACGUCGCAGCUUUGA